AUGAACCUGUUUGACGGUCGGUCUCGUGGUUUCUCCUCAGACUCCAGCGGCGCUGUUGUCCCGGUUGCUCAGACCGAUGGGUCGUGCGGGGUCAAACUGGACCCGCAGAAGAACCAGAGUCUGGUGCUGUACAGCACCUAUGACAGCUGCUACGCACACUUGGAGGGAUCCCAAGUGGUGGUUCCCCUGCAGGUGCAGCUCCAGGACAACUCUCGCUGGUUCAGGGUGAACAUCAGCUGCCCCCGCACCCGGAGGUCUACAAUGAGAUCCAGACCACUACCCAUACGCACCUCUGGGGAGUGCACCAUCCAAAAGGCCCUGAGACUAGAAUGUGGUCACCCCCAGAUCUCCAGCACUUCCUGCAAUAAACUGGGCUGCUGUUUCGACUCGGACUCCUCCUCGUGCUACUACAGGCUCAACGCCUGCUCCCCAGACGGACACAUUGUGUUCUCCCUCCGUUCGGAUGAGACUCAACCCCCUGUGGACCUCAAGAGUCUCAGCGUGAAGAAUGAACCCGACUGCAUCCCUGCGAUCAUAGCCGCUGACACGGCGGUUUUUAAGGUUCAAGUCAUGGACUGCGGAGUCCAGAUGAAGGUGAGCGGGGACGUAGUGAGCUAUAGCGUGGAGGUGGAGGAGCAGCUGGGUGACAACGACUAUGAAGACACUCCGUUUAGUGUGCGUGUCCAGUGCGAGUACGAGACCACGGAGCUGAUGCGAGCAGCAGACCUGCGGUCCUUUCAGACAGUGACCAACCCCCCACCAGCAGUCGCUCUGGGGAACAUCCGGGUGCAGAUGAGACUGGCCACGGAUUCCACGUUCACGUCCUUCCACCCUGAAGACCAGCUCCCCCUGGCUCUGCCGCUGCGUGAGCCGGCGUAUGUGGAGGUCUCGAUCGCCCAGCCGUCCCUGGACCCCUCUCUGUCCUUGCACGUGCGGAACUGUUUCGCCUACCCGGUGUCCCGACACUCCAUCUGGACACUGCUCUAUGAUGGAUGUCCCAACCCUUUGGACGACAUGAGGAGCUCUGUGCCGGUGGACCACCUGGGCCAGACCUCCUCCCACUCACAAGUCCGCAGGUUUGACGUGAAAACGUUUGCCUUUCUGGACCCGGAAGGAGGUCACCCGCGUGCAGAGACGAUGUUCUUCUACUGCUGGGUCCAGAUCUGCAGCCAGGACAUGGACUGCUCCCAGGACUGCUCCAUCGUCUCUGCUGAUGGUGAGCGACGGAGGAGAGCGACCUUGUCUCAGUCCAACCUGACCCAGUGGGUCUCCUUCGGACCUCUGCUGCCGACCCAGGACGAUCAGGAGCAGGAGUCCUGCUCACACGCUCAGAACUCCGUGUUCCAGGUGAUGCUCUACGCCGUCUCUGCAGUUGGGACUGUCUUGGUGCUGAUCAUGAUGCUCUUGGUGUUCUGGACCCGGAUUAGAUGGUGCAAGGUGGGGUCACAGCCGGACCCUCUGGAGGGCGGGGGGGAUUGUAAAUAA